AUGGACGAGGGUCCCCCGCCUCCUCCACCUCCUCAUGGCGAGAAGCCAAACACCACACAUGGGGAAUACCGCAAGUCGUCAGACCUACCACAAGGGAACUACGAUAUUUUUGUGAUCCCGCCGCAUUCGUCUGGAGCUGGAUUUCUAUAUCUUCCGUCGCUACAAUGUCAGCGGAAUAGCUUUCUAGCUGGGUCUGCGUGCACACUCGUGGCAGUCUACCUGUGGAUGACUUUGUCCCCCAUCAUAAGGCUGUGGUAUGCGACAACAAUAACCAAUGGUGGGGGAACAGGAAUCGCAAUGCUCGCCGUCGGUAUUGUGGGGGUUGCGGGAUGGGCCUUUGGAAAUUAUCAGGCAGGUAGUGGUGGAGCAUCACAAGGGCGUGGUGGUGGACCUGGUUUUGGACCCAACUGGUUUGGGUCUGGCGGUUCAGGCUCGGCCGGUGCAAAUGGUCCAGGUGGUGCCGGCGCGAAUCAUUCGAGAGGAGGGAGUUACGGGAGUCACGCCGGAGGGCCUCAUCAACAGGGCAACUACGGCGGAAACUUCGCUGGUGGGCCCCCACCAGGAAACCAGUAUUCAGGAAACCAAUAUAGGACUAACAAUGACCCGCCCCCGCAGACAACUCCUGGUCCUAAUCCGACUCCAGGCCCUGACCCGGGUCCAUCCCCUGGUCCACCCCCCGGCCCGAACCCCGGUGCUGGCCCCAGCGCCAAACCGGCAAGUUCUGGCCCCCAAAGCGACAGUAAGCCACAGACCGCGGAAGAUUGGGAGAAGGCCCGGGAGGAAACAAGGCGGAAGGAGGAGCUGAGGCGGAAGAUGGAGGAGUUCAAACGGAAACGAGAAGCGGAAGCCAGAGAAAAAGAAAGACAGCGGGAGGCAGAAGCUCGAGAAAGAGAAAGAGAGCGCGAACGGGAGAAGAUGGAAAAAGAGUUGCGUGAACGCAGGGAACAACUCGAGAGGGAAAUGGCGGCUGCGAGAGAAGCAGCCGCUAGGGAAGCGCGCUUGCAGGCCGAAAAGGAGGCGGCAGAACAUCGCGCGCGAUUAGAGCGCGAAGCAGCGGAGGCUAAAGCUAGGGCUGAGCGAUUAGCGGAGCUCGCUCGAAAGAGGGAGGCAGAGGCUCGAGCGCGCGCUGAGCGAGAGGCGGCGGAGGCCCGAGCCAAGGCCGAGAAAGAAGCAGCGGAAGCAAAAGCUAAGGCAGAGAAAGAGGCUGCAGAGAAGGAAGCAGCUGCAAAGGCCGCUGCAAAGAAGGAAGCCGAUGCUAAGUUCGCGGCAUUGAAGGAGGCGGCCGCGAAGAAGUAUGCAGAGAAAAAGGCACGAGAUGCAGAGCAAGCAGCAGCAGCAAAAGAGGCGGCCGCAAAGGAGGUUGCAGCAACAGCCUCGAAGGUAUCAAGUGCAUCGGCACCACCCCCUCGGACACCAUCACCGAAAAAACCAGCGGCGCCUCCGUCAAAGGCCAGCGCACCGACGGUGGAGGACGAUGCAUACUCGUUUCGGCCCUACGACCGUCCCAGGCGACCAUACGGAGGAGCUUCUCAGGCGUCGGUAUACUCCGAAUCCUCAUACGCACCAUCACAGUCAACAGCACGGACAACACCACCGCCGUCUCAUCGUGGGGCUUAUGAAACCAAGGACCCUGACAAGAUCGUCAUCAAGGGAGUCUACCAAUUCAACAACGCCUUCCUUCGUACACCAGUGGCCCAGCUGGUGUCAGGUCAGGGCAUGGUAACAGACGGUCUGGUGCUCCGCAUUACAACUGAAGGCCUCUUUAUCGAUGAUGACGUCCGCGGGGUUCCCCAGCGGGAAUGGGAUGUCAAGGCUUGGACCAUGAAACUAGUCGAGGUCUGGUGCCAUCGAGUUGGCCCGCCAAAGCCAAACGCUCCAAAGGCCAACCAAGCAUUCUUUCGACGGAGCAACGAGAACCCAACCCCAGAAGAGUCAGACGCAUAUCUUGCGAACUUCCUCAAGGUCUGCAAGAACACCUGCCGCCUCGCCUCCCCAGCCUUCCUCAGCCGAAGCAGCACCGACAGUAAGGACACCCGACCACACGACGGCCUCCACGUCCUCCGCGCUACCAUCCGCGACCAAGAGGGUCGCCGGUACGUCUUUGUGGUCCAAGAAACAGAGGGCUGGAAGGUCGCACUGGGUCUCCAGCGUCUGCGAAAAGGUUCGCAAGUGCGAGCCCUGGGUGUCUGCGGUAUGGCCCUCUCAGAAACACGAACAAUACUUUCGGGUCUUGGAUAUUGA